AUGGAGUUCCAAAAGCCCAGCCUUCCACCUAAGGCGCCUAGGAGUACACCAAAAGCUCUAAAUACAGCCGUCACCCACGACUUGAACUUUUACGUGCAUCCGCAUUUGGUGCCAGACCAAGACCCUUGCAAGGGCAGGCUUCUUCGAGCCACCGGCCCCAUCCGAGAAGGCACCGUCCUCCUCGUUGACACAGCCUAUGCUAUCGUCCCAUCCGUGACCUCCGAUAACGAGCCGCUUAUCUGCAGCAACCUCUCGUGCUCCCGUCGUGUACCACAGAAUGGACGUGCCGUGCGCUGUGAAAACGCCUGCUGCAGGGAUGUCGUGUGGUGCAAUAUCGCCUGCCGAGCGAAGGACAAGACCCGCCAUGACUUUGAGUGUCCCUGGUUAAAGAAACACGCCGAUGCUCUCCGUCGUGAAGAGGGCGAGUACAACUUUGCCACGGUCUGGCACGUUGUUCGUCUGCUUGCCACGUGGAACGUUGAGUUACACGGUAAUGCUGUGGCGCAACACCGGUAUCCGUGGGAGGCACAUUUCCUUCGCGGCUGGAAAGCCGUCGAUAUGUGUUGCGCCUAUCUCGACUCGUGGCCCGAGCCGCAGGUAACAUAUUGGAAACGACUGGUCAAUGAGUAUCUGAGUGACGUAUCCGUUAUGUCAUGCCUGCUAAGUGCCGACGAAAUGCUGUCGCUGUUGUGCAAGGAGGAGACCAACACCUUCGGCCUGUACCCAAGAAUCACUGGCUCUCAAUCUGUGAACGAUAGUUCUAUGCCCAGAGGUGAAAUGUACGGGAUGGCGCUGUAUCCCAGAGCCGCUCAAUUCAACCAUUCAUGCUUACCCAACGUGGCCCACAAGCCCGACGGCGAAGCUCGGAUGGUUUACACUGCAGCUCGCGACAUCGUGAAAGGCGAGGAAUGCGUGAUUACCUAUUUUGAUCUCUCAAUAAGUCAAGAUGUAUCAAGUAGGCAGAGUUAUACCGAAGAACAAUUUCGGUUUAAAUGCGCUUGUGGUCGGUGCCUGGAGGAAGAAGCUGAAAGUAAUCUUGAAGGAAUGGACUCAUUACCUUUUGGGUUUUGA